UUCACACUUCUUCAAACUUCACCAACGAGGAUUCAAGAGUGUCAGUGAGUGAGUUGCUAGCAAUUAAAAAUGUUGCUAAGGAACAAAAGAUUAGGUUUGUUGUUAUUGCUAUGUGCUCAUGCCUUUGUGGCCAAUGUGGUUGCAAGGGAUGUAGCAACUGUGAAAAAUGAUGAAGAAAAGAAUGUAGGGUUUGGGAAGGGAGGUGGGUUCGGUGGUGGAGUUGGUGGUGGAGCAGGAGGCGGGGGAGGCUUCGGAGGUGGGUUUGGUGGAGGAGGAGGAGGAGGAGCCGGUGGAGGGUUUGGAGGUGGUUCUGGAGGAGGGUUUGGCGGAGGAGCAGGUGGAGGAGGUGGUGCUGGAGGAGGGUUUGGUGGUGGAGCUGGUGGAGGAGUUGGUGGUGGUGCUGGGGGAGGGUUUGGAAAGGGUGGUGGCAUUGGAGGAGGUGCUGGUGGUGGUUUUGGAAAGGGUGCUGGUGUUGGAGGUGGAAUUGGCAAAGGUGGAGGAUUAGGCGGCGGUGGUGGUUUUGGAAAGGGUGGUGGUGUUGGAGGUGGAAUUGGCAAAGGUGGAGGAUUAGGCGGUGGUGGUGGCUUUGGAAAAGGUGGUGGUGCUGGAGGAGGAAUUGGCAAAGGUGGAGGUUUAGGUGGUGGUGGCGGUUUUGGAAAAGGUGGCGGUGUUGGAGGUGGAAUUGGUAAAGGUGGAGGUGGUGGCUUUGGAAAAGGUGGUGGUGUUGGAGGAGGAAUUGGCAAAGGUGGAGGUUUAGGCGGUGGUGGUGGCUUUGGAAAAGGUGGUGGCGUAGGAGGUGGAAUUGGCAAAGGUGGUGGUGGUGGUUUUGGAAAAGGUGGUGGUGUUGGAGGAGGAAUUGGCAAAGGUGGAGGUUUAGGUGGUGGUGGUGGCUUUGGAAAAGGUGGUGGCGUAGGAGGUGGAAUUGGCAAAGGUGGUGGUGGUGGUUUUGGAAAAGGUGGUGGUGUUGGAGGAGGAAUUGGCAAAGGUGGAGGUUUAGGUGGUGGUGGUGGCUUUGGAAAAGGUGGUGGUGUUGGAGGAGGAAUCGGCAAAGGUGGAGGCUUAGGUGGCGGUGGUGGCUUUGGAAAAGGUGGUGGUGUUGGAGGAGGAAUUGGCAAAGGUGGAGGUUUCGGGGGUGGCGGGGGCUUUGGAAAAGGUGGAGGUAUCGGAGGUGGAAUUGGCAAAGGCGGAGGUUUUGGUGGGGGAAUUGGAAAAGGUGGUGGCAUUGGAGGAGGAAUAGGCAAAGGUGGAGGCUUUGGCGGUGGCGGUGGAUUCGGUGGCGGUGGUGGAUUUGGCGGAGGAUCUGGAGGUGGAGGUGGAUUUGGCGGCGGCGGUGGAGCAGGUGGCGGUGGUGGAAUUGGACACCCCUGAGCAUUGCCGACGUUGCAUGCAUGAAAAACUUAAAUUUCAACGUCUUUGCAUUAGCCAUGAGUCCAUGAUGAUUGGUAUAGAAAAUAUUGUACGAGAGUGAAAGAGAAUUAUCUGCUCUUUUGGUUAUUAUACUAUUUAUCUACUACUGCUCCGUUUUGUUUAAUAAUUAAUGUUAAAUGAAAGCAUGAGAGUGAUGUUUACUCCUUUUUUGUUUUCCAUAACAAAUUACAGGUAACUUUCAAGCGUUGCAA